AUGCGUUGCUGGCAAACAACAAGAACGUCAUCACUGGCAGUCGCCCUCCCUCUGAUUUCAUACCCAUGUCAGAUAAGGAUAUCAAACAGUGAACUGUCUGCUGUGUUCCAGCUUUUCGAUUCUUUUAGAAUUUGUUUAGGAUGCAAAGACUCUAAACUCGAAGUACUACAGAAAGUGCUUACAGAUAUACAUCUAAUUCUGGAGUUCUCGGUAGUUUAUUCGGAGUGUCACCUUCGACGCCUUUCCGCUUUCUUCCCUAGUUCACCGGUAUCAAGAUGGAACGCAACGCCCGCGAAUACCGUUCGUAAAGCAACCUAUAUUAUUGUCCAUUCACACGUCGAUGCCCUGCUCUUCUCUCUCUCCUACGUGUAUCAGGCUGAAUGCAAGCAGCCAGCAGACGUUCGAUUUAUCUGUCCCAGUGCAACUCGAGAACGCAGCGCGCUGCGCCACUGGAUCGAUUACGAGAAACAACCUCGACGUCACCGCAUAGCGACUCCAUCACAAGCUUCUUCUGCGAGAACACAGAAUUUCUCAUACCAGUUAAUCUUCGAUUCCACCCGCGAGACAGAUCCCCGUCUCUUUGCGGCCACCGACGAGACGGCAUUCUACAGCGGCAUGGUAUGCUUUACGGGACGUGCCCCUGGAAGAUCCCGUCUCUUCUGCCAGGAUGGGAUAUGGCCCUGGACUCGGACUCGAGUCAUCGCAGCGAUCGCCUCUGAUAAAGAGUGCGUCACUCCAUUGCUCGAAGGGAGCGCAGACGGCUCGAAAUAUCUCCACUUGCUCUGCAGACUGCUUUUGACUUCUGGUGCUUGUUUCACCGUGAACUACGAAGCGCUCCACAAAUCCUCCACCGAACGGAACAGCGUACUCCUACGUGUGUGCGUACGGUGUGUUUGCGGUGAGGAUCGUCCAGAAGAAGCUCGUGAUAUUCGGGAACGGCGCCGGGCGCGUUGUAACGGAGAAAGACAUCGCAUGGAACCCUGUUUACAUGUCAAGGACACGUGA